AUGGCUACCCUGGCCCAACCUGCGCCUACGGCCCACGUGGACCGGCCACGCGCGCACUCGAACCUCAGCUUCACCUCGAACACCUCGCGGAGAAGCCGCGGCUCAAAAGUACAGGUAGACAUGACGGAGUCACCCAAUGACAAAAAGAAAUUCAAUACGGAGAGCAAAGCAGAUCCGACCAAGGCGCUGAACGAGGCAACACCUGCUCAGGUCGCUCAACAAGAGACGAACCUCGAAGAUCUUAGGAGGACUUCGUGGAAGGAUCAAAAUGGAGACGUUAUCACUGACCCGGAUCGAUCGAAUCCGACUCGACCCAGAAUGGAACGUCCCCUCGACACGAUCCGCAGCUUUGCAGCCGCUGCUGAAGGCACAGCCAACCGCCGAAGCUCAUCUUAUGGUUCUUUCACUGGCAGACCUCAAUCGCAAUAUGGAGAACAGCCGUUGCAAUCACAUUCCCGUCAGAGCAGCUACUAUAAUUCCCCGGGUGCUGGUCCACGAAGCUACGGUCGCCCAUCUCCCGGAGGUGGCUACUAUCGCAACAGUUCCUAUGGUUUCAGCGGAUACCCGACGCAAAACUCCUUCGAUGAGUCCGCCGAAUACGAUCAACGCGAUUACUACCGUCCCGAGCCACCGCGCGGUGGUCCAGGCAUGAGGAACAGAAACCCUGCGAACCCUUACUAUGGCAAUCCGAAUGAGAUGCAGGGCCACACAACUCACCAACCGUCGUAUGACAACAUGACCUCUGGGUCGGACGAGAACAGCAAGUCGACGAAUCCAUCCUCGCUGAACAGCUCAUACGACCAAUUACAUAUGGCGCAACAUGCCCACGCAAGAAAGCCUGAUGCAUACCCACAGAACCAUCAGAACCAGCAGAAUCAGUAUGAUAACGAGAUGAACUUUGCGCCUGUCAGCCCGGUCUCUCCGCAGGUGCCCAAUGGCCAUCAUUAUGCUCAGAACGGCACGAAUGAGAGGGGUAAUCCCGGACAAUACUAUCCAAAUGGUCAGCAAAACGGAAAUGGCUACUAUCCUCGUCAGCAGAACAAUCCACCACCACCACCAAAGGACUCGUACUCGAAUGGCGGCAGGGUGCCUAUCCGCUUGGACGGACCACCCAGCGCUCCCUCUUCGGGUGCGGCCACUGGCAAUAUUCUGAGGAAGAGCAACGAUGACGGGAACAAGCGCAAGAGUUGGCUGUCUAGGAAGUUCUCGAAGAAGGAGAAAUGA